CCAUCCAAGAUGGCAGCCAAGCGCGAUCUGAGGUGGUCGCGGCGGUUACUGUGGAGGUUGUGGCUGGUCCCGAACGCUCCACAGAACCCGGGAUCCGGCCUGGGCCUAGGAGCGAGAACUUAUUCCCAGGGCGACGGCCCAUACUCGCGCACCGCGCUCUAUGAGCUGCUCGGCGUCCCCAGCACGGCCACGCAGGCGCAAAUCAAGGCGGCCUACUACCGGCAGAGCUUUCUCUACCACCCAGACCGCAACUCGGGGAGCGCGGAGGCUGCCGAGCGCUUCACGCGCAUCUCCCAGGCCUACUUGGUGCUGGGCAGUGCCACUUUGCGUCGCAAGUAUGACCGCGGCCUGCUCAGCGACGAGGACCUGCGCGGGCCUGGUGUCCGGCCCUCCAAGGGGCCCGCCGGCAAUGCCAGCUCGCCCCACGCCCCGCCACCGGCCUCUCGGGCCCACAGUCGUGCUCGGGCCGCGGCGGGCGCCAACCGCACCAUGUUCGACUUCGACGCCUUCUACCAAGCGCACUACGGAGAACAGCUGGAGCGCGAACGGCGCCAGAGGGCCCGGCGAGAGGCCCUGCGCAAGCAGCAGGAGGACCGGGCCAAGAAGGGCUUCCGCUGGGACGAGACCCGAGACACGACUCUUGUGUUCCUUCUCUUCAUAGCCUUCGUCAUCGUGGGCUUUCGUUUUUAAUCGGAGAGAGGAGGAAAGGGGAGCAGCCCCCCAGCCAGCCCCAAGAAAACGGCCUUUCCUGUCUUCUUGAACCCUUGCCUUCCCUAGUCUACCUCUGCUGGGGUCCGAAGGAACUGCCCUCCCCCUCCUCUUCCCCGCCCGCCCAGCUUAGCCAUUCACCUGCACGUCCCUCCCCUACGGUCCAGACAAGAAGGCUUUCGAUGCCCAGUGAGAAGAAUCCCGAAAGCCCGAGAGUGAAGGGUUUUCUGGAGUCCCUUGGGUGCCAGUUCCAGAGGUUGCCUUCCUGAUGUUGUCAACUUCUGGAACACUUGCUCUGGCUUUAUUGUAAAGCUCUAAGCAAGCGUUGUCUGCUCCUGCCCCACGUUUGUACCGUGGGGGUCCUGUGUAACCUUGAACCGUGCCAUGUGACCAGUUGUUGGCUGCCAAAAGAAAAAUUCUGGGGUUGUCCAAACCUUGUCUUUCUGUGAGUUCCCCAGCCACAAGGUGAGACCCGAUGUAGGGUAAGAAUGGGAUCUUUGGAAACUUUGCCGAUUUUGUAUGAUCAGCCCCAGGCCCCGCUCCCCCUUCUGUCCGUGGCAUGUGGGAGUGGGAAAGCAAGGUCGUGGAGCAUAAGGAAUCGAGUGUUCCUGUACCCGUACUUAUCUAAUGUAUGACCUCAGAGAAAUUACUCUGUGGCAUGACAGCAGAGGAACAAAUCAUUUGCUCUCUUGAGGUCUGUCACACUUUAUUAUCCACAGUUCUAAUGGGCUCAGUGAUUAAAACAUGAUGUUAGUAGAGUCA